AUUUCCCAAGGUUGUGUUCUUCUAAUCUAACCCCAUAACCCCUCUCUAACACCAAACAGCCACCGCCCAUUUCCCAUUCUCAAAUUCUCGAAUCCAGCAGCUCUCUCUCUCUCUCUCUCUCAUGCUAUUCAUGUGAAGACUAAUGGAAGUCGCAAAAUUCAACACUUUUCACUUCCUUCCUUCACCUCCACUCCGUUCUUGGAAGAAGGAAGUGAAGUUGCCGCUAUCGCCACCUCUGCAUCCACAAUUGACUGCUAGCGAUGGAAACCACUCCUGUUGCUCUUCUUUAAGGCAAUCAAUCGGGAGGAAUUCAACAUUUUAUGCCCUCCCAGGCAGUACAGUUUUUGGCACAAGUAGACAAGCAUGUGUCUCCCUUCACUCUUUCCCCCAAGGAAAGAAGUGUAAUAACAGUUAUGGAAAUAAUAGCUUUUAUAGACAACAAAGAUCAUUGAGGCACAUUAUUGCUAGGUCCGAACUUGCUAAUACCAGCUCAGCUGGUGCUGCUUAUCCUCUGUCAGGACUGGAGUUGAGUUCGAAAGUGAGAGCGAUUUGCUUUUACGCGGUCACUGCUUUCUCUUCCAUCUUUUUGUUCGUGGUCAUGCUUGUGCAACAUCCUUUUGUACUCUUGUUUGAUCGAUGCCGUAGAAAUGCUCACCAUCUUGUUGCCCGGACAUGGGCAACCUUGACCAUUACUCCAUUUUAUAACGUUGAGUUUGAGGGCUUGGAGAAUCUCCCUUCUCCAGAUACUCCUGCUGUGUAUGUGUCCAACCAUCAGAGCUUUCUGGACAUAUAUACGUUACUUACUCUUAGAAGAAACUUCAAGUUUAUCAGCAAGACUGCGAUUUUCCUCUUUCCUAUUAUUGGAUGGGCCAUGUAUCUGAUGGGUCUGAUUCCGUUGAGGCGCAUGGACAGCAGAAGUCAAUUGGAAUGUCUCAAGCGAUGCAUAGAUCUAGUCAAGAAGGGGGCAUCUGUCUUUUUCUUCCCAGAGGGUACUCGGAGUAAAGAUGGAAAAUUAGGCCCUUUCAAGAAAGGUGCCUUUAGUGUUGCUGCCAAAACCGGAGUGCCUGUGGUUCCAAUUACUAUUACCGGAACAGGCAGAAUAAUGCCAGCAGGGCUGGAGGGUAGAGUAUAUCCAGGAUUAGUUAAAGUUGUCGUCCACCAGCCUUUAAGAGGAAAUGAUUCAGAUGUGUUGUGUAGCGAAGCCAGAAAUGUGAUAAAGGAGGUGCUCGUUCAUUGAGGCUGAGGGGUAUAUUCAAUCUGUGAUUUCGUUUAUAUUUUUUCACCUAAGCAUCAGAAAGUUACAAGGAUUUGGGAACAUGUGCAGAAAGCAGAACUUUUACAUUGUGAGCAGUUUCAGUCAGGCUGAAGGGUAGAAACCUGGUUGUGUCAACUCAUGCGUGGAUGAUAUUUGUAUCAAUCAACUGAGAGAUCUAUUCGGAGUUGAAAGUGAACAUUGGCUGUGUCCUCUUUUUGUUGAAAUUAGCAGCAGACUCCUUUGCUUGCCCUGCUCUUCUCAAUUGCCGUUAUGUCAGAAGGUUGCCUUUUGUUGCGCCAAUACUCAAUUGUACAGGGCUGACAAUAUUUUCCUUUCGAGUUUUAUGUUCUGUGCACUGACAAUGUAAGAAUUUUGCAGUAUCUGGUUAAGUUGACUAACAAAAAUUGUGGAAUGCUAUGUCAAGCCUGAGAUGGUAACCUAGAAAACAGAGUAGUAACUUGUUAUAACUGGUUAAAUUGCAGUAAUGGUGUAAAAAUUUUACACUAUCAGUGCACAGAACUUGAAGUUAA